AUAGCAUAGUAGUACUACACACACAAGUCAUAACUACGCACUCACAUAUUCACACACGCACUGUUCCUUUUUUCUGUUUUUUUAGUUUUGUUUUUUUCAUUUAUCAUUUUCUCUGUUUGUGUGUGUGUGUUCUGUCUCUGACAUCUUUGCUCUCUCUCACUGGCUGGCUCACUCUGCCUUUUCUCUAAUAAGCUGAGCUGAGAGCAUUGUUUGGAUUCUUGAGCUCACCUCUCACUCCAACACUAUAUGUGGAUCCUUAACUUCUUCAUGUGAUUUUGUCUCCCAUUUUAGCUUAACCUUUAUUUCUCUCUCUAUCUUAAGAUAACUUUUUCAACUUUCCCUUUUUCGUUUUCUCUUGAUUUCUAUCAUUAUCAAUCUUGUUCAGAUUUAAGCAUGUACUAGUUCUACUUUACUUGUUAAUCACCUUAUCUUAACAACUUGAGUAAUUCCAAAUAUUUUCUUUUUUGAUUUUUGUAUUUGAAGAAUCUCUGCUAGUACCUUCUGGGUUUUUUUUUUUUUUUUUUGGUUGUUCUUUGAGGUAAGUGUAUAUCUUUAACUCACUUUUCCACUAUCCCUUCUGGGAUUCUAUCUAUGUGAAGCUUUUUUAGUACCAUAACAAUCAUGGGUAUCAUUCCAUUUGUGUUUUAGUGUUGGAUUCCACUGUAAAAGCUCUUGCUUUUUCUCUUGUACUAGCUGUAUUUCUUAGAUCACAUUGUUCUCUAUUUUCAUACCUGUUGAACUAAUACAGCUAUCUUUAGCUUCAGAAGUCUUAAUUUCCUGGGUCUUUUGCAUAGAAAGUUGGCUAGUAAGCAGAUUUGAAGCAUUAAGAUCAUGGGGUGGCUUUCAUUUUCUGUUGGGUUGGUUUCAUUGUGCUCAAUGGUUUUCACAGUGAGUGGCAUUGGUGCUAACUGGGGCACACAGUGUAGUCAUCUUCUGCCUCCAGAUACUGUAGUGAGGCUGCUGAGGGAUAAUGGGUUUCAAAGGAUUAAGCUUUUUGAUGCAGAUUAUGAUGCAUUGAGAGCUCUAGGUAAAUCUGGGAUUGAGGUCAUGGUUGGGAUUCCUAAUGAUAUGCUUCUAACUAUGGCCAGUAGUGUGAAAGCUGCUGAGAAAUGGGUUGCCAAAAAUGUCUCCACACAUCUCACCACCAAUAACGUUAACAUCAAGUAUGUUGCAGUUGGAAAUGAACCCUUCUUGGAAACAUACAAUGGAAGCUUUCUCAAAACAACCUUCCCUGCUCUGCAGAACGUCCAAUCUGCCCUCAUAAAAGCUGGUCUUGGCACCACAGUAAAGGUGACAGUCCCCCUUAAUGCUGAUGUGUAUGCGAGCUCAACUGGCUAUCCUUCCGGUGGUGACUUCCGAGCUGACAUACAUGACCUAAUGCUUGCCAUUGUCAAGUUCUUGAGUGACAAUGGUGCCCCCUUUACUGUGAACAUCUACCCAUUUAUAAGUCUCUACACUGAUGAAAACUUCCCUGUUGAGUAUGCCUUUUUUGAUGAAAAGGCAACACCUGUAACUGAUGGUGGGACAUCAUAUUACAAUAUGUUUGAUGCAAACUACGACACUCUUGUGUGGGCACUACAAAAGAAUGGUUUUGGAAAUUUGCCAAUCAUAGUUGGAGAGAUUGGCUGGCCAACUGAUGGGGAUCGGAAUGCUAAUAUACAGUAUGCACAGCGGUUCAACCAAGGUUUUAUGACCCAUAUAUUGGGUGGGAAAGGAACCCCUAUGAGACCUGGGGCAGUUGAUGUGUAUUUAUUUAGUUUGAUUGAUGAGGAUGCUAAGAGUGUUCAACCAGGAAAUUUUGAACGCCACUGGGGGAUCUUUAAUUAUGAUGGGUCAGCAAAAUACCAGCUUAAUCUUGGUGCAACAAAUUCAGGAGCCCUGGUUGCAGCACGGGGUGUGAAGUAUCUGGGCCAAAAGUGGUGUGUGAUGAAGCCAUCAGCUAAACUUGAUGACCCACAAGUGUCACUAAGUGUGAGCUAUGCCUGUGGACUUGCUGAUUGCACUACCCUUGGUUAUGGGACAUCUUGUGGAAAUUUGGAUGCUCGGGGUAAUGUCUCUUAUGCAUUUAACAGUUACUAUCAGAGAAAUAAUCAGCUUGAUCAAGCCUGCAAGUUUCCCAAUGUUUCAAUGAUCACCAAAACUGAUCCAUCAGUUGGAAGUUGCAAAUUUCCGGUAAUGAUUGAGCCAUAUUAUGGUGGCACAGAAAGGACUGUUGGGAGUCUGCAAAAGCCAGUGAUUUUGGCUUCUGGCCUCAUUCUCUUUUUGCUAAGAAUUCUGUGAAUUUUGAGGCUUCUAGUUCCCAAGGUAUCAUUUUUCCUCAACUUUUCCUAAUUGCUUUGUAGGAUAGCGUAGUGGGAGCUAAGAGCCAUCGAUAUAUGGCAUAACUUUAGUUCAAAUUUUGCAAUCUAGAAGACAAGACAUUAUAUGUGUCAAAUGUAUUCAUGUCUGAAAUCAAACUGCAUUUGGAAUUCUUUAUGCAUGGUAAGUAAUGUUUGUGAA